AGUAAAUGCCACGUCAUCUGGCGUACAGGCUGGGACGUAACACACGUAUGGGGAUUGAGAAAGUUGACCUUUAUGCUAUCUGCCGAAAAAAAUUACAAAGUGAUGGUGAACAGUAUUAGUUUAGGAUUAUCAGUGUCUUUAAUUAUUUUUUUAUUUUUUAAAUAAAAUAAAUUUUCAAAAUGUCUUCAUCAAAAGUAUCGUAUUGUACUCGCGGCAAUCCAAAUAUGCCGUAUUAAAAUAAUACACAGCUGAAAUUUUAUGAUUUCCCCGAAAGUUCACUGAACACCGCGUGGAAAACCUUCAAACGUCAAAAAUACUUAGGAUAAUUGUACACUCGUUGACAUUAAUGCCUGGUCCCCCAGACUAUAAAUUAUUUACCAAACAGGGGGCCAGGCGUUAGUGACAAUGAGUGUAACACUGUAAAUAUUGGAAACACUGGUUUGAAUGACUAUUGUGCAGGUUAUAACCGAUUGCUUAUUUGAAUGUUCGGUUUCUAUUACAUUUAGAACAUGACUAGAUUCAAAUAAUUUUUGUCGUUUUUUAUCGUUUAAACCUCUAACUCGAUUAUUUUUAAUCGCACUAAGGCGCUCUACUUUUGACGAAAGUGCUGCCUCUACAGUUCUUGCACGAUCUCUAUAAUUACAUAUAAAUUUGAUGUAAAAUAGCAGCUUUAAUUUUACGUCAAAUUUAUGUUAUUUUAUGUAUAAGAGAGCUAACAAGUUUAACUGAAAAUAUAAUUAAACAUGAGAUAUGACGAGCGCUAAGCAUUAUUGUGAAGCAUGGGAAAAACAUUCUAUCUUUAAGAUUAAAGUUAUAAUCAUUAUUGAAAAUAUUAGUCAUUGACAGGUUGAGCUUAAAACCUAGCAAAAUCUUAUAGCUUGUAAAUUAUUUUUUAUUAGGAUGGUUUACGAAAAGAUGAGGCUGGUGGUGAUAGGAUUACUGUGAAGAAUUUAAUUGAGUACUCUGAAGAUGAAAUUGGGAAAUUAAAACUGAUGUUGAUGACAGAGAAAUACGGCGACUUUGGGUGACUUCAGCGCUGUGGGUCGGCUACGCUCGGAAAAAAAAGUCUGAGUACCCUGAUUUGAAGGUUAAUCUUUAAAUAAACGUCACCCUGCCAAAACAUUGUCAGGCAUUGAUACAGAUUAGAAUUUAUUAUCUCGAACUUUUGAUUAUUAAAAAUGACAGAGGAAUUAAUUACCUCUUUUGCAGCCGAUGAAUUUAAUCCAGAGAAAUUUGUUAAAGAUUUAAGCACUCAGUGUAUUGGUGCUGAUGAACUUUAUACGCAACGAACUAAAAUUCAGGAACUUGGUGAUAAAAUUUCGUUUCAACUUAAACGCAAUGUCUAUCAAAAUUAUAUGCAAUUUAUUGAAACGGCUAAAGAAAUUUCACAUUUGGAAAGUGAGAUGUAUCAGUUAUCCCAACUGUUAAGCGAACAACGAUCACUCCUUAGUGCAUUAAAUUCCAAGAGAUCAACUGGUACUAUGUUCGACGAUAUUUUAAAAAAUAAUCAAGACCUAAAUCCUGUAUCCAAAGAGCAAGAACAAAAACAAAAAUUAAUUCAAUCCCUUGAACACGUUGAAGGAGCGAUGAGUUUAGUUGACGUACCAGGGAGAAUUUGCUUUCAUGAAGGAUCUUUGUUAGAGUUAGAUCCUUUAGAAGGAACUCCAUUAAAAAGAGUACACGGUUAUUUAUUCAAUGACAUUCUUAUGAUAGCUUCUUGGCUCACUACGGGUGGGCGAAGACAUCCAUCUAAGCAUAAAGUUCAAGCGGUUUAUAAUUUACACAGUUUGGCUGUAGUUAACGUAAAAGAUUUAGGAUCAGUAAAACUUGCGUUUAAAUUACUAGCUUUUCCAGAUACUCGAGUCUUCCAAUGCGCUUCUGCUACUAGCAAGAAAGAAUGGUUAGAAAAAUGUGAACAAGCAAAGAGAGUCCGUCUCUUACAAGAAUUUCAACAAGAGUUACCAGAUAAACAAGAAGUACAGAAAGAAAAUGCAAUUAUAUCGUCAAGGUCAAUGUCUCUAGACUCUCGUAUUCUUGGUAUAGAUAACGCAGAUGAUUCUGUUGAAAGUUUAGAAUCUUUGCCCGAGUGGUUAUUAGAAGUUACUGAAGAUCUAGAUUCAUGUAUAGCUCAAAGACACUUUGAGGAAGCAUACGUUAUUUUUGAAAAAGCAAAUAGUUAUCUUAAAGGAAUACAAUCUUCAUCGUCGCAAUUGACUGAAAUUAAAACAAAAAUCGAGGAUCGGGGAAAAUAUUUUGUUCAAGUGCUUACUGAUGAAUUGGAAUUAAGUGUAGAGGCAAAAUCCUUGCAAGGGGGUGGAUUAAGAAGUGCACGUCGAGCUGUAAAACUUCUUAUACAACUAAAUCGAAGUGCUCAAGCCUGUAAACUAUAUUUACAACUUUGUAAUGCAGCUCUUACAUCUCGGUUGAAACGUGUAAAACGAGAAGGAACUGUUGUGCCUUACAUAAAACAAUUGAGUGCAAUUGCUUUUAGUAAUAUUUUUGAUAUGGCCACAGAAUUUCUUAAACUCUUUUCACCAUCAAUGAACUGUACUUCAAGUCUUAUAGUUUGGUGCAGCCAAGAAGUCAAAUACCUUACAUCUCACUUAAUAAAACAAUUAUUUAUUCCUCAAGUGACAUUGGGAACUCUAGUAGAGUGCAUAAGUACAGUCCGUGAUCAUUGUGAUCAGCUGACCCACCUUGGAAUUAAUUUACGUUAUCAACUAGAUGGUCAAUUACGAACUCUUUUGGCUAGAGCUUUACAAGAUGCUAGUGAAAAAUAUAUAGAUGCGAUAAAAGUUCGUGCUGCUGAAGAUAAUUGGCGACCGACAAAUUUGCAAACUCAUGAAAAUCUUAAAAAGCUUCUAAGUGAAUUAGAUGAUCUUGGUAUACCUGUACCUUCCGCAUUUAUAACAAGUGAUUGUUGGAUAUCGUUAACUGGUAAUACAUUAGCUUUUUCAAAACUUUACAUCGGACUCUUGGAAGAUUGUUUGAGUGUUUUCACACCUGAACUCAUAUGUACUAUUGAAACAGUACUUAUUUCAGUUUUACGUGCUCAAGUUCAAUACGUUGUUGCAUCGCUUAAUAAUCCGAAAUUAAAUUCCGAGAAAAAAUUAGUGCAAGAUAAUGCUGCAUACAUUCGUGAAAUAAUUAUCGAACGCGGGUUAGAGUUCUACAGGAGUAUGAUGGGACAAGAAUUUACAAAACUACUUGAGUUGAAGAAAACCAUUAUCAUAGAACCUACAGCUGAAAAACCAAAGCUAACACCUAGAACAUCAAUCACUAAAAAAGCGGAGAAUCGAUCGUGAAAAACGGUAAGUUCACAAUAAACAACAGAAGAAUUCAUAAUCAAUUUAUGAUAAAAUCACAGUAUUCUUACGCUAUAGAUUGAAAAUCAUGUAUCAACUUAUUUUAU